AUGGCCGCUGCGCUGCCGCUCCUCGCCACGUGCUCCCUCCUCGUCGACCCCUCGAUAGGCCGCCGCGCCGCGCUCGCGACCGUCCCUGCCGGCAUCGCCGCGCUGGGCGGGACGCGCGAGGCCAGAGCGCUCUCUCCCUGCCCGCCCGGCGCAAACAACUGCCUCUCCACCGCCGCGCCCUCGCCCGUUGGGAAGCUCGCGACGUGGAAGUUUCCCAAGGGCAUGGACAAGGCUGCCGCCAUCGACUCGCUCGAGAAGGCGGGCCAGGCUGACGUGGACAAGGGUGGCUGGAGCCGCGUCGACGACAAGCUCGCCUCCGCCGGCUACGCGCGGCUCGAGUUCCGCUCUGGCCUCGGCAACAUGGCGCGCUUCUUCAACGGCGGAAAACCGUUCGUGGAUGACCUGGAGCUGUCGGUGGAGGACGGGUUCGCGUGCAUCCGCUCCUCCUCGCGUGUGGGCGACUCGGACCUCGGCGUCAACAAGAAGCGGGUCAACUUCAUCGCCGCGGCGCUGCGGUCAAGCGGGUGGGACGCGCCCGACGUGCAGUGA